AUGAGGUCCUCCGCGUCUCAGCAGACGUACUCCACCAAAGGGGCCUUCAGCUCUAACUCUGCCAGCGGAGGCAGCGGCUCCCGGGCCCCCAGCAGCAUCAGCUGGGUGACCGUGUCCCGGAGUGGUGGCAGCGGGGGGAGGGCCCACUGUGGCCCCAGCACGGGCGACUUUCGCAGCUGGAGCCUCUAUAACUUGGGGGCCAGCAAGAGUAUCUUGGUGAGCGUGGCUGGAGGGGCCUCAUCUGGACAGGCCCUGGGAGGCUUCGGCCUUGGUGGUGGGGCCUACAUGGGCCCGGGGGCUGGCAGGCAGACGUUCGGGCCUGCCUGUCCUCCUGGAGGCAUCCAGCAGGUCACUGUCAACCAGAGCCUGCUGACCUGCCUCAAUGUGGAGAUCGACCCAGAGACCCAGCGGGUGCGCACCCAGGGGCGGGAGCAGAUCAAGACCCUGAACAAGUUUGCCUCCUUCAUCGACAAGGUGCGGUUCCUGGAGCAGCAGAACAAGGUGCUGGAGAACAAGUGGGCGAUGCUACAGGAGCAGGGCCAGAAAUUGGGCAUCAUCUGGAACAAUCUGGAGCCCCUCUUUGAGUACUUCAUCAACAACCUAUGGGGGAAGCUGGACAACCUCCAGAGCGAGCAGGGGAGGCUGGACUCGCUGAAGAACGUGCAGGAUCUCGCUGAGGACUUCAAGAGCAAGUAUGAGGAUGAAAGCAACAAGCACACUGCCGCAGAGAACGAGUUUGUGAUGCUCAAGAAGGAUGUGGGUGCUGCAUACAUGGGCCAAAUGGAUCUGCAUGGCAUGAUAGACAUCCUGAUAGAGGAGAUGGAGUUCUUGAGGCAUCUUUAUGAAGAAGAGCUGAGUCAAGUGCAGACUCACAUGUCUGACACCAGUGUCAUCCUCUCCAUGGACAACAAUAGCAACCUUGACCUGGACAGCAUCAUCGCCGAGGUUAAGGUCCAGUAUGAGAAGAUUGCCCAGAAGAGCAGGGCUGAGGCCGAGGCCUGGUACCAGACCAAGUACAAGGAGCUGCAGGUGACAGCUGGGAAGCAUGGGGACAACCUGAGGGACACCACGAAUGAGAUCGCAUAG